CGAGACUUAUUUAGGUAUCUGUGACUUUUAAGUGAGGUGAUCCUCCACAUAUCACCUUAUAUGGGAUCUAUGUUGUGUUAUCGAAGGUGAGACACUCUGCCUCCUCUCUUCCUCGGUAAACAGAUCACCUCAAGGCCCUGUGAGGAGGUCGGUGAAUUAAAUGAGUUGAGAGGAGGUGGAAGGGUUUAAUGCAUGAUGGAUAAUUUGAUUUGUGUUUCCAGAAUCUUUGAGUGUAUUGAGAAGUGCAGGAAACGGGGAGUUCACAUUACAGGGGCGUGCGUCUUAAAUGCUUUUAAUAAUAAGAAAUAGACAGCCGUGACGUGGGAGGGGCAGAGGACAGGAAAUAGUUGCUGAAGAAGUGUGACCCCUCUGUGCAGCUGCACUGAGAGGAAGUAGAGGGAGAGACAGAUAGAGAGAGGGAGAGAGACUGAUGGUUGUGACAGUGAGGCUGGUCGAGUUGAACAUCAGAGCUGCUGACAUGAGUCUCUCUUCUGUCCGUCAAAACAAGAGCGACAUUACUCCCACGGGCGACAUGUCAGCAAAGGACCAACGCAGCAAGAAGGGACUCAGAAAGUGUUGUGAGUGCAGUGCCUCGCUGUCACACUGGUAUUAUGAAAAAGAUGGACGGCUCUUUUGCAAGAACGACUACUGGGCCAAAUUCGGGGAGCUGUGCCAUGGCUGCAACGACCCGAUCUCCACCGGCCUCAUCAUGGUCGCAGGGGAACAGAAAUAUCACCCAGAAUGCUUCACCUGUCUGAACUGCAGGACGUUCAUCGGUGAUGGAGACACUUACGCUUUGGUGGAGAGAUCCAAACUCUACUGUGGUCACUGUUACUACCAGACCAUCGUCACACCGGUGUCUUUGCCGGACACGCCAUGCUCGCGGAUCCCUCACACGGUCACACUCCUGUCCAUCCCAGCCUCCGCUGAGGGAAACAACGGACGCAGAGGGCGAGGUUUCUCCGUGUCCAUCGACCAGCCGCUCAGCCCGACCAGCGGCUACAGUCCUGACCAUGGACCCACCAUCAGAGUCUCCCAGGUGGACACAGAGUGCAUCAGUCCAGAUGUGAAAAACUCCAUUCAUGUUGGAGAUAAGAUCCUGGAAAUCAACGGGACACCCAUUCACAAUGUCCCUCUGGAUGAGAUCGACCUGCUGAUCCAGGAGACGAGCCGUCUGCUGCAGCUCACCAUCGAGCACGACCCUCACAGUCCAGGACAGGAGGGAGGCUCUUGGGAGGCUGAAGAUCAAGUGAACGGCCCCCUGACCACCCCUCUGUCAGAGGAACCCAGCCCCAUCCGGCCAAUCACACAGCCCCCCAUCCCAGACAGCCUAAGAUCCCGCAUCAUCACGAGGAGCUGCAGCAUUGAUAAGUCACCCGGCUCCAGCAACGCAGCAUCCCCCAUCUCGCAGAGGAAGGACAUCAAUCGAUCAGAGUCGCUGCGCGUCGUGUCCAAUCAGACGCACCGCAUCUUUCGCCCAUCUGACCUCAUUCAUGGAGAGGUGCUGGGGAAGGGCUGCUUUGGACAGGCCAUCAAGGUGACCCACAAGGAGACAGGGGAGGUGAUGGUGAUGAAGGAGUUGAUUCGCUUUGAUGACGAGACACAGAGAACAUUCCUUAAAGAGGUGAAGGUCAUGCGUUGCCUGGAUCAUCCAAAUGUACUCAAGUUCAUCGGAGUCCUCUACAAGGACAAAAGACUGAACUUCAUCGCAGAGUACAUAAAGGGAGGCACCUUGAGGGAACUCAUCAAGAAAAUGGACAUAAACUAUCCCUGGAACCAGCGGGUCAGUUUUGCCAAGGACAUAGCUGCUGGAAUGACAUAUCUGCAUUCCAUGAACAUAAUCCAUCGGGACCUGAACUCACACAACUGUCUAGUUCGAGAGGACAACACGGUGGUGGUGGCAGACUUCGGGCUGUCUCGCCUCAUGGUCGUCGACAAGCAUGAGGAGAAAUUGACGCAGGGUAAACUGCCCGGCCUGAAGAAGCCCGACCGCAGGAAGAGAUACACGGUGGUGGGAAACCCUUACUGGAUGGCUCCUGAGAUGAUCCAUGGGAAGAGCUACGACGAGAGAGUGGACAUCUUCUCCUUUGGUAUCAUGCUCUGCGAGAUAAUUGGCAGGGUGAACGCAGACCCAGACUACCUCCCCAGGGCGAUGGACUUCGGACUGAACGUGUCUGGCUUCCUGGAGCACUUCUGUCCCCCGGAUUGUCCCCCCGCCUUCUUUCCCAUAGCUGCUGUGUGCUGUGACCUUGAUGCAGACAAACGGCCCGCUUUCUCUAAACUGGAGGAGUGGCUGGAGAACCUAAAGAUGCACUUGGACAUUGGUCUACCACUGGUGUCUAAAGUGGAUCAGAUGCACAAGGCCUUCUGGGAGAACCACAGCAUACCCCGUCCUGAAAACGGCCUGCACACCCACCCCGAACAGCCGGAGUAGUCCUUUAACCGACCAGAGGGGUGGGAAAUAAGAUUAAACUCCACACAGGCAGCGAUCACCUGCCUCGGGUGUAGCAGUGGCUGGAGGUGUAAAUACUCCUCCCUGUUUACAGCUGCGGGCGUAGCCUGGCUCAGGCUGGCAGAACAAGUAGACUCGGGGAAAAGGUGGAUCUGAAAAGCCACCUGUGCAAGACGCACAAACACACACAUUCAAACUCAAAUCAAGAGACAUUUACUACGACAGCUUCAUUUUGCUGCACCUGAUGCUAAAGUGGAACAUGUCAUAUGCAAUCAGACCCAACUUUCAACUCAUGACUCAAAUCUUGAAUCCGUUUAUCUAAUCAUGAGGUGUCAUUACAUUCAAAAUGACUUACUGUAGUGUAUGUAUUACGGUAGACAAAGGCAAACUUCCUCUACAUUGUGCGGUUUUUGUUUCCAGGUUUCUGUGUGACUUUGAUUUUGCUUUUCCAACUGAGCUUCUGGAAAACGCAAAUGCCUCUGUCGCUUAAGACACAAAAGUCAACUUGCUGUCAAACUUGUAAAAGUCAGACAAUAGCUUUAAAUAGUUCACUGAAGAGUGCAUGGGUGUAAAUAAUGCUGUCAGGUCAUAUUUCAUCGUUUCCCUAUGACCCAAGACACAUCGAGACCUACAUGUGUCUGCGGCCCCUUUCCAUCAUUUAAUGUGUAGCACUGAUUUAACAUUGAGGUACACAUCUUUUGCAUACAUUAGGUACGUUGUCCCCUAAUUUUAAGAGCUGUUAGCGUAUCUCAUCCACAUUCAAAUGGCAUCUUACACAUUCAAACACAUAAAAGUGUACAUAGCUGCCGACAUUGUAAAUGUUUUAAAUAUUGUAAAUGUAAAGACAUAUUUUAUAUACGUACGCUACAUCGCCAUAUUUUUAUUGGCCGACCAGUUGAGAAUUAGGGAGAGUUAAAGUUUGACUGCAGUCAAAAGGGCACAGCUGAAAGUUGUAUGGUUUGUUUUAUCUACAUUGUCACCCCUGUGGCAGGUAAGACGUUUUUAGCUUUUGAAACAAGAAGAAUCUUAUCACAAAAUAUCCCCUACCCUCAGUUCAAGCUCAGUGUAUGUUACAUUCUGUCGUUUCCCUCCAUCAAAAAAGUGUUUCUUAACAUUUGAUCGGUCAUCUUUUUAAUGCGCUGCAGUACAUUUCACUGUAACACUGGAUUAUCUAAUCACAUCAAAGUUGCUUAACUAAAUCUGCAUUUUAUGAUAAAAAAAUGAUAUGUACUUUGGACAUCUUUAAAGGCAAUCAAUCUAUUAAUUACUCACUCUUGUCUCAUCAUGUACUGUACAUUAGUUCAGGUGUGGGGAUAAUAUCACCAGGUACUGCCUCGGCGUGUCAGCUGUCUGUCCACAUGUUUGUCUCUCCUCCUGUUCUGUUUGUUUACAUGUAAAAGCAAACUGUAAAUAUCACUAUAUAUAUA